CCUGACUGGUUCUUGUGGCCCUCCCUUGAUAUGCCUCCAUUGUUGCCCCCUCCCACCAAAUUAUCUCAUUCUCGAGCCUGCUAGUUGUCUCACUUUCGGCUCCGGCUCUUCCAUUGCAUUGCUAAAGGGUAUAGUUAGUGAAUAAGAGGGCUUAUCAUCUACUGCUCUCAGUUUCGCAUCAGUGCUCUUGUGGUCGCGUUGAUUUACUUCCAACAUGCCACUGUAUGGCUCGUCCAGUCGCUCGAAGAAGCCAAGGAAAGAUGGUAGCAGUAAAUCAUCCACGGCUUCUGUUUUUUCGGCUACUUCUCGUGCUACAAAGGCUUCUAGAGCGUCUGGGGAUCGGCCGCAAAUAGCAUCUCAAGAUCCAUCUUUGGGCUCGAAGAACACCGCUCCGAGCCCGGCAAACGUCUCGCGGACGCAUACUUCUGCCAAGUCCGCCGAACCUGAGCGGACCGUUCCGAAUGUUUUUGAAUAUCUAGACGAUGAUGAGUCCACGUCAGACGAGGAUUCCUCCGAAGACGACGACUUCAGAUCGCGUCGAGUGUCAUACCCAUCAUCGUCUAGCGCCCAAUCGAAGACGGCGUACGUAGGGUUAGGGCGUCAGAGCAAAUUGGCUGCACUUGGUGCGGAUACACGCAGUCGAACAUCGCCCACUAUGUCCAAGGGUUCAAUUGACUCCCAACCAUUGCCGACUGCCUUUGACAUCGCUUCUGGUGUGCCAUCAUUACACAAGAUGAAAAGCAAAACAUCUUCUCAGAAUAAAAAGCCCAACGACAUCCCCGCCGGCAUAUCUGCAGGCUCAAGCUCGCCUGAGAAACGGAGCUUAGAGCUCAGUCCCCGACCCGAUACCUUCUAUUCGCAUCAUUCAGCCAGCCAACACCGGCCGCCUCUACCACCAUCACCGCCACGAAGCCCGGAGGAAGAUUCUCAACGACCCAAUCACAAACGCAGCCGUAGCACGAAAACAUCACCACCUCCCUCGGGCUACGGCCUCCUCGCCUGGCGUCUGAGCUCAUCCACCGACAACCAGGAGCCUCGUCUCCCACCGCUCUAUCGCCGAUUCGAAGAUCUAAACCAUCGGGUGCUUCUGCAUCUCCAGGACGAGAUUGCACAGAUGGAGGAAGACCUUCGUGUCCUAGAUGAGUACGAUCAAAUGCAUCGGGCGGCUACGGCCGAACAACAGGGUACCACGGUUCUCCCAGCUUCGCGACGCAUGGACGUCCAGGCACAGGUUUACUCUUCCCUGCAUUACCGCAAGGAAGAGCUGCUGGGCGCACUGGCCCAAAAAACCGAACAAUAUAACAAUGCGCUCAGUGCAUACAGCCGCGUUCUGCAGACUCUUCCGCCUGCUUCAAACAAGGAUAUCGAAACCUACCGCACCUGGAUGAACGAACGUAACCCCAUUAUUGCUGCAGAGACGCGCUUUCUUAACCACACUAAGGAUCUGGUUUCUCUUGCCCCUCGCACGAUCUCAGCUUCCUCCGCACGAUCCGUGUACGCUGCAAUUAUCAUCGCCUCUGCAGCCGUCAUCCUCCCUCUGCUCACUUUCAGCAUGAUUGCUGAAUUUUCCGGUCGUCUGCUGGUGGUGGCCGUUGUAGGCGGCGCCGCUGCUGCCGUUGCCUCCACUCAAUCCACGGGAGCAGACCAGCUUGUCGGCUCCCAGGAUGGAUGGCGAUCCGCUUCAUUAUACUUUGGUUUCAUGGCUACAGCAGCUCUAUUUAUUCCAUAGUUCCAACAGAUACCAACUUUUGGGUGUAUAUCCACCAGCUUUUACCAUCUUCUAAUGACUUUACGAAUCUUCUUGAGGCAGCGAGCUACUGACAUCUUGAAUUAAUUCUGCUCGCAGA